AUGUCUUGGCAAUCGCAGAUAUUUUCCUUAAAGGAUAAAAUAGCCUACUUGAAAAACAGUAAUGAAAUGAGUGAUGUCACUUUGUUAGUAGGUUCCGAACGAAAGCCUUAUCAAGCGCACAAGCUACUUUUGUCUCUCUUCAGUGAAGUAUUUCAGGCCAUGUUCUAUGGACCUAUGGCUGAUGGAGCAAAAGAAGUUGCUUUACCUGAUGACGAUAUCAAAGCAAUUGAAAUAUUUCUGUGUUAUGUUUACACGGAUAUUGUGCCAUUAGAAUCUAUAGAAGACGGUAUCACUGCUUUAUACUUCGCAGAAAAAUAUAUGGUGUUAUUCAUAAAAAAUAUCUCCAUCACUUACUUAAAAGAUAAUAUAACAUCGGAUUUUGUUAUCGACAUAUACGAAGCAGCAAAAUCUCUGGAUCAAACUGAAUUACAGAUAGACUGCUGGGAAUUCAUUAAACAAAAUACGUACGAUGUUCUUAGGAACAAAAACUUUAAAUUUGCAAAAUUUGAAACGGCAAUGGAAAUAGUUUGCGAAGAUGACCUAAUAUUGCCUUCGGAAUUACAUAUGUAUAAUGCAAUUGUUGAAUGGGGAAAAGAACAAUGUAAUAAUGGAGAACAGGAGAAUCUUCGACAAAUCCUGGAUCCUUUACUUCGUCAAGUACGAUUUCUGACAAUGACAGGUUUAGAGUUUGCUGGAUCUCCUUGCGAAGACGGAAUUCUUACACAAGACGAACAAUUAGAAAUAUUUAAAGAAAUGUUUGUGCAGAAUAACGUCGAAAAUGAUCGUUCGGAAAGAAUAUUGGAAGAAACCAAGGAGAUAUCAAUCUUACAAGCCUUCUCAACCGAAAUUAAGUAA